GUUCGUUACUAAUACUUCACCUACCGUGUAAAUACUGCUCACGUGCACGUGGUACCUCAGCUAAAUCAUUACCAAGACGGACUCCACCAAGAUGGCGGAUGUAGCGUAUACCCUUGGCCUGUUGUUACUGACUGUAGCCGUGGCCUCUGUGGCAGCCGACUGGUGCCAGACAGACGACGAUCUCUGGUUGAAUACGUGGUGCCUUCGAGGCUGCUGUGGGAUUACUAAGAACGAGUGCUGUCCAGAACUAGAACUAUAUGACGACUAUUACGAAUUAAGUGGAGGAGCCAUCGCCGGUUUUGUCAUCUUGUCGAUCGUCGCCUUAGCUAUGGUGGUUGGCGGAGUAAUCCUGGUGAUAUAUUUCUGCACUACCUGCUUCCGGCAAAUAACGACACCGCCUGGGGUCGUUUACGCGAAUGGCGUUGCCAACCCGGCCGUGGUCGCCUCUACUAGCGUCAACAUGGCUUCACACCCAACCCAUCAGUCUACCGUAUCUCACACAACGUAUCAGCACCCUCAGACUGUCGCCUUCAACAAGGGGUUUAUGUAAGCUACGUAACAGUCACGUGAUUGCAUGACAGCACGUGCGACAUCCAGCUGGCAUCACGUGUAAAUCGCAUGCUCAGGGACUUUUUCUUAUCUCAAUUGAUUCCUGACUAGAUUUAGUGUUAAUAUCGAGUCAGUUUUUUGGGGAAUAUUGAGAUUUUGGUUUGAUUCCGAUAUUGAGGACCCAUUUUGUUUUUUAGUUUCAAACACUGUCAUCCUUAUUUAUAUGCAAUUAUAUAAGUUGAAAAAGUUUAUUGUAGUUAUUUAGCUGGACUACUACGAAAGAUAGGGCUCCAAUCUAAACCCGUUAAUUAAUAAGAAAAAAAGUGCUUCAUAAACCAUACAUGUACAUAUUAAUAAUGACUUAAUUUAAUUUUGUUUCGGCA